AUGGAGGAAUCCGGCUCUGACCUGCCAAAUUUGUCCUCCUUGGACAUGACACUUAAUCCAGGAGGAUACCAACUUUUACUAAGCCGUGGUAAGCUCGUUUUUGAUGUUGUUUUUGGGAGUUUAGGUCAUUUUCCUUUUCGAUGAAGGUCUCCGACGGUUUUACGAAGGAAUUUAUAGUGAAUAAUGAUCGGAAUGAGAGUGUUUUUAUAUUGUUUUAGACUUGAAACUGAUUGUUUUAUUUCUAGAGGAAAUGUCCGACGAAUUGCUGAGGGAAAUGGCCGAGGUGGAUCUGGAAUGUGAACGUCAGUUCGCGAAGUACAUGUACCCAAACCGGGUCGUCAAAGACGAGCCGAAGUCGAAGUCUUUGGAGGAGAAGAACCGAGAGUUGGAGGCCGAAAUAAAAGAACUCAGAGUGGAGGUGGCUUUCGGGAAACGGAAGGUCCAGCAAUUAGAGUCGAUGCUGAAGAAAGGCCCAGGAUCUUCAGCAACAGCUUCGUCGGAAAUUCAGGACGGAAUCGCGGAGAAGGACAGGCAGAUCGCCCAAUUACAACAACAGGCCAAAGAACUCAACAACCAGUUGGAAUCAGCUCUGGAAGAGGUUAAAAGCUUGCAGGACCAACUGGAAGCGGUAUGUUCAGUUUUUUCUUAUUGAAAUUGAAGUUUAGAAGGAAAAUCGGCCAGCCAGAGACCCGGAUGCCACGCAAAUCGUCAGAUUCCUCAAGGACAAUCCUAUAGAGACGGCUCAUCGACGAUCAACAGGACUUCAGAGUAUGGUGAGGGGUUUUUCGAUCUAUUGUCUAGUGUAAUAUCGCGAUGGUAAUUUUUUUUGUUUUUUUUUGUUUGGAAAUUUAUGUCCUUUUUCCAGAGCUCUUCAGGAUCGUCCGCUAAGAGCUUUGACCCAACAGAUUGCCUCGAAUGCAAAGGCCUUCAAGCCAAAAUCAAAGACCUGCAGGAAGACAUCACCGAAAGACGACGUUUAAUUCGGCGAUAUAUGUUCGCUGUCCAGCACCUUACCGGCUGCAAGGUGCGUUUGCGAGAAGAGGACAUGGUGAAGGUUGUGAGCAUCUUCGAUGAGAAGCAGGAGAUGUUCUUCAACGUCACUACGGAACCUACGUCGCGUGAUGCCAAAAUCGAGCUCCUGGAAUGUCGAGGAUUGGAGAGACACAAGGACCUGACUGCCCGGCUUGGAACCAUCUCUGUCCCGAUCCUCUUGGCCCACAUUCUGAUCGCGCAAUUUGAGAAGGAGGACGGAAGCACCACCCUGUUCCAAGAGACCGCCACUUACUGCCAAACUGCCGAUAGCACCACGCAACUGCUCGGCAAAUAA